UUUGAAAUUGAGUUACAAGUCGCAAGAAGAUCAUGGUCUUCUGCGCCCCUAGCAAGUACUUUGGCGCAGCCGACUUCCCACUCGGGCCGGCCGUCGUCCUCGCCGUCCUCAUGACCAUGGGCGUCUACGACGGCGCGUCGGCGUACCCGGCGAUGCCACUCGGCGCGUUCCCGUGGCCUGCCUUCGAGGCCAAGUACGUCCUGGGGUCCGUGCUUGGCUACGGGUCCUACUCGAUCGUGCGCGAGGCGACAGACAAAGAGUCGGGCGUUCGCGUUGCUGUCAAGCUCAUGGAGAAGGCGGGCAUGACGCCCGACGAGAUGGCCACCGUGCCCCACGAAGUUCACUUCAUGCGCCGCAUCAACCACCCGCUCUCGCUACAGCUUCUCGACUUUUUCGAGGAUGACGUCUACUUCUACUUGGUCUCGGAGCUCCUCCAAGGCGGCACGCUCUUUGACCGAAUCAUUACCAAGGAUCACUUUUCCGAAGACGGUGCGCGGGCGAUCGUGCGCCAACUCGUGCAGGUCAUCGAGUGCUGCCACCAGCGUGGUGUCAUCCACGGCGACCUCAAGCCCGAGAACGUGCUCAUGGUGCACGACCUCAACGAAACCGGCAUCAAGGUUGGCGACUACGGGUGCGCAUCAACGGUGGCCGACGCGAUGGACCCGUCGACGACGCGCUUCUGCGGCACUUUGGCGUACGCAGCCCCCGAGAUCCACGACGCCAAGCCGUACGGGACGCCCGUGGACAUUUGGAGCAUCGGUGUCAUUGCGUUCAUUCUGCUCUGCGGUAACUUCCCGUUCAGCGACCCGGAGCCGCUGUUGCUGUCGUACAAGGUCACCACCGGCGACUAUACGUUCCACGAGAGCGAGUGGCGUCAUGUCUCGGAUGAAGCCAAGGAGUUCAUCGCCGGGCUCCUCUCGGUGGACCCGGCUCGCCGACCGACGGCGACCGCGCUCCUCGCGCACCCGUGGCUCCAGCACGCGACCAAGAAGACGACCGAGCACUCGAUGGCAUCGCCCGAGAUCGUGACGUCGCUGCUCCCAACACCAACGCAGCGCUAUCGCAAGUGCAGCAGCGCGGUGCUCGAAGAGCUCCACAUGCUCAUCGCAGCCAUCUCUGCCCGCGACGCGAGCUGCUAAUCCCCAUUCACCUAUUUAUACUCGUUAAUAAGCCCAGCAUGAAUGCAUGUGGUAUCGUUCUGUGAGCGACGCACCCAUUGCCGUCAAGUGCCUUCUUCUACAGAACGUAGUAGCCGCGUCCACGACGAGCAGCUCGCCGACGACUCAGAACCAGGGCGAAGAAGACGUGCUGGGACGAGCAAAGACACCGAGCUCUGGCAGCUGCAG